GAUGGUGAUGGAGGGAGGAGGAAGAGGAGGAAGACGCGGGGGCUGAUGGGUUUCUGAUGAUGAUGAUGCUGUGAGUCAGACAGCGGAGGCUUCAGGAUGUCCACAGCCGCUCCAGAGUAACAAUCCCCGGACACACAGAGACGGACGACCCGCUUGCGGAGACACGCACACAGGUCAGUUAUCCAGAGCAGCAGGCGGACUCCAACUCCCAGAAUGCCCGAGCAGAGUAACGACUACCGGGUGGUGGUGUUCGGAGCCGGUGGCGUCGGGAAGAGCUCGCUGGUCCUUCGGUUCGUCAAAGGCACCUUCAGAGACACCUACAUCCCCACUGUGGAGGACACGUACAGACAGGUGAUCAGCUGUGAUAAGAGCGUCUGCACGCUGCAGAUCACCGACACCACAGGAAGUCACCAGUUUCCCGCCAUGCAGCGCCUCUCCAUCUCCAAAGGCCACGCCUUCAUCCUGGUCUUCUCCAUCACCAGCCGCCAAUCACUGGAGGAGCUCAAACCCAUAUACCAACAGGUGCUGGCCAUCAAAGGUACCGUGGAGUCCAUUCCCAUCAUGCUUGUGGGCAACAAGAGUGACGAGACGGCCCAGCGCGAGGUGGAGGCGAAGGAGGCCGAGGCUCAGGCAACCGCCUGGAAGUGUGCCUUCAUGGAGACGUCGGCCAAGACCAACUCCAACGUGAAGGAACUGUUCCAGGAGCUGCUGUCCCUGGAGAAGAAACGGGACAUGAGCCUGAGCAUCGACGGCAAGCGCUCGGGAAAACAGAAACGAGCCGACAAGCUGAAGGGGAAGUGCAGCAUCAUGUAGAGCGAGCGGCGGCGGCGGCGGCGGCGGCGGAGUCGCUGUUGAGAUGUGGAACAGCAGAGGCUGGAAGGGAGGGGGGGGUCUGCUGAUAAACUCCAGUAGAGACUCCCCCUCCCGCAGAUGCGUCUUGGGUGGCUCUCCUCCGUCUGUCUGAACACUGAAGCCCAGAGGAACAAAAUGACGAGACCGACUGAUAAUGGAUUUAUACCAGAGCCUCGGGGCGCCUCCUGGCCCUGAACUGGAUUGUGUUUGUGGUCCCAAAAUACUUUUAAUAAACACAUACACCCCCAUUUAACUGCUACCGCCAUAAAACUAAUAUUAUGAGAAAGGAAUACUCCACUGAUUUUAUUCUGAAUCCUGAGCCAAAGCCAUGAAUGUAACUUAGAUAGAUAGAACUUUAUUUAUCCAAAUAGAAAAUAGUGUGCCGCAGUUGCAGAAUAAAACGUGCUCAAGCUCUGAUUUGUUUCAGCAGCUCCUACAAUUCCCAGGAUUUGUAGCAAACACUGAGAUGUAGUUAAAGUUCUGCACGGGUCUGAAGCUGAGACUCAAGCAGAGCUUGAGACCCUGACACGUACCAUAAGUUCUAGGUCAUUUUAUUUAAUCUGUUACUAAACGUUAGGCUGAAAGACUAACGCAACACAUUAGGUACACUAUUGUCUGUCACAGUGGGCAUUGCCUACUUGCAACCCAACCUUGGCAAAGUCAGAAAAAAGAUAAAUUAGAAGAUACGUGAACCCAGCCAGAGACCUGAGCUUUACCUAAACAAAAUGGGCCAAAACCAACUAGUCAGGUUCAGGUUGGACAGAGCUCUACAGACUCCUCGAUUUCAGGUUGACAGAAGGGAUUGUCGUUAGCAGGUUGCUAACGAGAGUAUAAAUCCAUUCAAGAGAAGUACAGAGUUGCUAACUUUAGCUUAACAUCUGAUAGCAACAAGGCUUUUUCAAUCGUUAACCUGUAACCCCUGAAAAGAAUGGAACUAGCUAAUGAUAUACUAACUCUUGGCCUUUGAUACAUUAAUUACCUACAUUAUAGUAAAGCUAGUUAGCUGGACCUGCUAAGGUAACAGCUUAAAUUAAAGCAGAGCAUCCAAUCCUUAAACUUUUUACUCUUGUGAUUUUGGGAAGACUAAAAUGAGUCACCAUCCUCCAAACUUGCUAUGCUAAGACUGGACAAUCAUGGGGUUUACUGAAUUAGCAGCAGUUCGAACAUCAACGCAAAGAAAACAUUGUUUGAAUUACUAAACGUUAUGCUAAUAUACUAGCCACUUAGUCGCCUUGCUACCAAGCAUACUUAAGCUUCACAGCCUUCACAUGUGACUUGGCUGCCCCCUGGUGGAGGAGGGGAGCAUUUGUUUUUAAUAAAGGUUUUGCAUUUCUGCGACCACAUCUUGUGAUUGGCUGCCUCGUGACUCUCCACCAUGUAUUGAUCAUAAAGGCAGCCGUUAAACAGUUUCAGAUGAAGCUGAAAAACAGUGGAGUAUUCCUUUAUCUAAAAAGAUGAGUGACAUUUCCAUUAUGAUCGGUUCUUGGUGGCUGAUCGUAAACAACAGGACGUCUACACACACACUACCGGUCUUUACGUCCACAUAACACAGAGCCGACAGACAACGGCAGUAAACGUCAAAAGGCUUUCCAAGAUUCUCACACACGCCUUUCCAUCGGUCAGACUCACCGGACACAACAUCCAUUUGCAUUGACAAGUAGCCGCUGAGCAGCAGCAGAUGAACGAAUAAUUUACAGGUAUAUGAGUUAAAGGAACAUUGCAACAUUUUCGGGAACCAUCUCCAGAGUCAGGGGUUUUCAGUUUCAUUGCUGUGUCCAGUGCAGAGAGACUUGUUUAGCCUAGCUUAGCAUAAAGACUGGAAGCGGGGGGAAACUGCUAGCCUAGCUCCAUCAAAUGUUACAUGUUGGCAUUUAAGCCUGAAUUGAAAAGGCAGUAUUAAAAAAAACUAAAAACAUUCAUUUCCAAAUUACAGAAGCCUUGAAAGGCAUGGCGAUAUAAAAAAUUGAUAUAAAAAAGUUUAUCUUUUAGAUAGGGGAUAAUAUCUCCUACGUACGACCUAAACCUUAAAGGGCGAGAAAGUUGUACAGAAGAACGAUUAGUGCACGAAACAAAAAGGGAAUUUAAAGUUCAGCCAAAUGCAGCAUUAACAAAAGGUUUUACAUUCUUAGUCAACUACAAAUAUCUUCUAUAAAACAUGAUGGAACUGUGCACCCCCGCCGACGUGGGUUUUACUGCGUUUGGUAGUUAACGCUGUAAUCACUUGGAAGCGAUAUUUAAAAUGUAAAUUUCACAGUUCUCUGGUGUACCUUAGCACUAAAUGCAGUCUAACUGGAAUUAUGUUGAGCCAAGCCAUUACGCAGAUCAGCGGGUUAGCUUUUGUGCAAAUAGGAAUUAAUUAUUUUCUCAGAUUUAGCAAGUUCAAGCAUUAUUCGUUUGCAUUUUGGAAGAUGGAAUACAGAAAUGUCCUUGCCACCCACACACCCCCCCCCCACCCCAACGCAAGGAGCUGCGUCGAACAACCAAAGUGCAAUACAACAUUUGUAACAGGCCAAUACUUAUAAACCUGUUCAACAGGCAUAAACCUGUAGUAAACUUUAUUUCAAUCUGACCCCUCUCUGCAAAUUGCUAAAACGAAAGUGGUCUGUAUGUAGUCUUUAGUUUAGCAAAGUCUCAGCUGCUUGCUGAGCCUCUUUCUCUCUACUAGCGGUCCACAUGGCUAAUUCAUAUUCACGACAAGUUAUCAGACUACACUUUGAGCUUAUACUUUCUACUGCUCCCCCCCCAGCUUCAAGUUGUGUUGUAUAGUCUCUCUGCACUGACACCUUCCUCUGCAGAAUCAAGACAAGGUUUCUAAAUGUUGGACUGUUCCUUUAACUGGCAGGAGAGAGCAGCCACUGUAUAUUUAUAAUGCCUUUCCUUCCACUGUACUUGACAGUUUGUUAUAUUCCCUGAACAUAAGUGAUCUUAAAACUUUACGAAGCACAAACGCAACAAACUAAAGUCGGAGAGCAGCACGUUCAUCCUGCAGAACAUCUCCUAGAUUAUUUACACAGCAGUGAGUCCACGCUGAUCACAUUUUAUGCACUUUUGUGAAAUGCUCCAUGAGUUUCUUUCCACUGUAAAAAGCUUUCCGACAUGUUUUUGUGUUAGCACAUCCUCCCUGUUACAUCACUCUGGCUUUAGCAAUAUUAAAAUAGCUGCACUUUGUAUGUAGAAAUGAAUAACUUUAACCUGAACUUGUUCAUGUAGUUUUCAUAAGAUCUGGGUACAAAUAUGAUUGAAUGAAGGGAUUGUUUGACUGGAGAAGUUUGGGUACUAGACUGUAAAAAAAAUAAUGUAGGUAGCAACCUUUUAAUUUAUGUAAAUGUUAUCUCUACAUUACAGCCUAAAUUGUCUUUUAAAGUUUCUUUGCAUCAUGUUUGUGUAAACCAAAAGGGACAACACUAAAUCAUUUUUGUGUAUUUGAUAUUGUCAUUAAGUUAUUUUUCUAAAGAGUAAACAACAUCCGAAACAGCAACGUGUGAUCGGAUGGUUGUUAAAACAAAAGAAAUCUGGCUGAAGGUUGUUUUGGUCUUCUUUACUCCUAAAAAUGUUUUUUGGACAUACAGUGCCAGUGACACUCCGUUAUGUGGCUUCACUUUUGUUUUGAAGGUAGAUGGAAACUUUUCUCAUGUGAAGAAAGUGACUGAAUAAAAACAGCGCUGUUGUACAGAAAA